AAGAUGACGUCGGAGCGUUCUCGAAUCCCGUGUCUCUCGGCUGCUGCUGCCGAAGGAACAGGGAAAAAGCAACAAGAAGGAACAGCAAUGGCGACACUGCACCGCAAAGUGCCCAGUCCGGAGGCGUUUCUGGGCAAACCCUGGUCCUCCUGGAUCGACGCCGCCAAAUUACACUGCUCCGACAAUGUAGAUUUAGAAGAGGCUGGAAAAGAGGGUGGCAAAAGCAGGGAGGUUAUGAGGCUUAAUAAAGAAGAUAUGCACUUGUUCGGCCACUAUCCGGCACACGAUGACUUCUACCUUGUAGUCUGCAGCGCCUGCAAUCAGGUCAUCAAGCCGCAGGUCUUCCAGUCGCACUGCGAGAGAAGACACAGUUCAAUGUGCAGGCCUUCUCCCUCUCCAGCGUCUCCAGCCUCCAAUGCCAGGACAUCGUUAGCACAGGCAAAGACGAAAGCCUGUCUCAGCGGCCAUAACGCUGUCAGCAGCACCUCCAAGCCAUUUAAAACGCCCAAAGACAAUCUACUUACCUCCAGCAGCAAACAGCACACAGUCUUCUCUGCAAAGGGGCCAAGGGAUAAACCAUGCGUUCCAGUUCCGGUAGUCAGUUUAGAGAAAAUUCCUAACCUAGUGAAGGCAGAUGGUGCCAAUGUCAAAAUGAACCCUACGACCACGACCGCAGCCACUUCCUCCUCUGCUGUCUCCAUCCCACCAUUAAUUAAGCCCACCUUGAUGUCCAAGCCGGUGCCACCGUCACCAGAGAAGAUCUUAAAUGGCAAGGCGGUUCUCUCUGCCGCCAUAGACAAGAAGCACCCAAACGGCGCCAAAACCAGCAACAAGCCUUACCGGAGACUCUCAGAGAGAGAAUUUGACCCAAAUAAACACUGUGGAGUAUUGGAUCCCGAGACAAAGAAACCUUGCACAAGAUCCCUCACCUGCAAGACCCACUCGCUGAGCCACCGCAGAGCGGUCCCAGGCCGGAGAAAGCAAUUUGACCUCCUCUUGGCGGAACACAAAGCCAAGUCGCGGGAGAAAGAAGUGAAAGAGCACCUCCUGACUUCCGCUAGGGAAAUACUUCCAAACCCGCCGCCGGGACCAGUGCCCGACACUCUGCAAGGGUCUUCCGGGAACGCGGUGGCAGAGCCCAAAGUACCAUCCCCACCAAAAGCCAGGCCGUUCAACUCUGUACUUCCUAGACCGUCAUCUGCAAACAGCAUAAGCAGCAGUACAUCUUCGAAUCAGAGCACCUACACCCCGGAGCCCCCUCUGCCCCCAGCUGGAGGUGACAUUGUCAGCCGACUGUCCAGUGAUGAAGGGGAGAUGGACGGAGCCGAGGAGUCCGAGAAGUUAGACUGUCAGUUCUCCGCGCACCACCCCAGACCUCUCGCGUUCUGCUCUUUCGGGAGUCGCCUCAUGGGACGAGGGUACUAUGUGUUCGAUAGAAGAUGGGACCGGUUUCGGUUCGCACUAAACUCCAUGGUAGAGAAACACUUGAAUUCACAGAUGUGGAAGCACAGAAGCCCGAGCCACCGGGCAUCAGGUCCCUCCCCUCUGUUCAGGACUUGCCUAACCAAUCUGCUGUCACUGAGCAACAUUGGGGCUGCCUGGGUGUCAACCCUGGAGAGCGUAGCACCCCGCUGCCCUCUCAACCUCGGGGCCCAAACUCCAGGCCCUGAUGGGCCCGAACCUGGAGGGAUGGCAGCCGAUGGGGGCAUGGAAGACAUUAGGAAGAAAAGGAACGGCCAAGACUCUUUUUUCUUUAACAAGCAUUUAACUCUGCAUCAGGAGACGCCAACACAGUAUUCUCUUUCAGCCAGGAAGAUCCCUCCUGCGGCAGAUAGCCCCAUGCCCUCGCCAGCAGCCCACAUCACCACCCCUGUUCCAGCAUCCGUUUUGCAGCCUUUCAGCAACCCCAGUGCUGUGUAUCUUCCUUCAGCUCCCAUCAGCUCGAGAAUCACCUCUUCUUACAUAAUGACAUCCGCCAUGCUCUCAGACGCGGCUUUUGUGGCAUCGCCGGACCCACGUGUCCUCAUGUCCCACACCACAGCUUUUCCCCAUGUGGCUGCAACCCUCAGCAUCAUGGACUCAACCUUCAAGGCCCCCUCCGCCGUGUCCCCGAUACCAGCUGUCAUUCCUUCCCCGUCCCACAAGCCAUCCAAAACCAAAACCAGCAAAUCCUCAAAAGUCAAAGACCUGUCAGCUCGUAGUGACGAAUCUCCAAGUAACAAAAAGAGGAAGCCGCAGUCUUCAACUUCCUCCUCCUCCUCCUUGUCCUUGCAGGCUUCCUUCUCAUCCCCAUUGCCAGGGCCCCACAAAAAGAACUGCGUUUUGAACGCCAGUUCCUCUUUGAACUCCUAUCAGGCAGCCCCUCCCUACAACAGUCUGUCUGUGCACACAAACAACGGGGUGAGCCCAUUCAGUGCCAAGCUGGAGCCCUCAGGACGGACCUCACUGCCCAGCAGCCCCAUGGACAUAGUGAGACAGGUGGGCGCUGUGGGUGGCAGCAGUGGCCCCUGUCCCCUCUCUGUACCCUCCCUUGCGCUCCACGCGGGGGACCUCUCUCUGGCCUCACACAACGCCAUGUCUUCUCUGCCCCUCUCUUUUGACAAAUCAGAAGGAAAAAAACGUAAGAAUUCAAGCCCUAGUAGCAAAGCCUGUAAGAUCACUAAAAUGCCUGGUAUGAAUAGUGUCCACAAAAAGAACCCACCCAGCCUUCUUGCACCGGUGCCCGAUCCCGUUAACAGCACCUCCUCUCGGCAGGUUGGAAAAAAUAGCAGUCUAGCUUUGUCCCAAUCCAGCCCUGCAAGCCUAUCCAGCCCAGGACACAGCCGUCAGAAGAACACAAGCAGAAUGGGCAGGAUAAGGACUCUUCCCUAACAAGAUGGUGAAGCCACUUCGAACCAGUCCCGGUAGACAUCCUCCCCAGGAGACUUAAGUCGGGAGAAGGGAGGUCUGUGGGGGGAGUGAUUCCUGGACGCUGCUUGUGGCUCUGGCAUUUCUUCUUCUAAUUCUUUUUUUUAACAUGGAUUUUUAAUUGAAAGAAAGAAAGAAAGAAAGAAAGAAAGAAAGAAAGAAAGAAAGAAAGACAGACAAGGCAAAAGAGCCUGAAUUUGAGAUUCACAGAAACAGUGUUUUCUCUGUUUUCACUGGUCUUAUACCUUCUUCCACCGUCGGGGUUACUCCCCUGUCUCCUGAUGCUGCUAGUGCACCGUCAUUUUGCUCCCGAGCACAGAGGUGCAAACUGUCGGUUCCGGUUCCGGGUUCUGGUUCCAGGUUGGCACCCACAGAAGCUCUUGAACUUUUAGCGCUUGCAGAGCUCAUGCUCUCCCGAGUCCUUUCCCACCCUGCCCUUCCUUUUCACCUCUGGGUCACUGUGCUCCGGAGGCCAUGGGAAGCUGCUAGCUCCCACCCACCGGCAGCCCUGGACCACACGCUGGGGAGGAGCCUGUGCUUGGAGGUGCACUGUGGGGUGGGAGUGGACCUUCCGCAGAUCUCCUUGUCCAGAGCCAAAUGCCAGCCACUAGAGUGAGGUCAGUGGCCCUUUCAUGGUGUGGCUUACUCAAUGCCAAGGCCCAGCUGUGCAGAAAAGAUUCACUGGGUCAGGUACAAGGGUAGAAGGGUAGAAGGGACCUGAGAUGGUGGGAACCCAAUGAUUGUGAUGGUCAGAGCUUGUCUGGAAUAUACUCUGAAGAGUCCGUUCCAAGUAGGGCACAGUGCACAGUUUCCUAAAGCUGGCUCAGCCAGAGACAGAAAGCCCACGGGACCUAGGGAAGUCACUUCAUAAGGUGGCACUGUGACCAUAGCUCCUGAAAAUUCUUGAGAUAUCAGGAAAGUUCUGGGGCCAGGAAGGGUCCUCCAGAGACAAGUCUGGUUGCGUGGAGGUUUUGUGCCAAACUCCUUGUGGGAAUAAGAACUAUUACUGGUUGCAAACCCACACCCUUGAUAAGCUUGCCCUCCAUCCUCAGGCGCUCCAACUCAGACAGACCAGCCAGAGAUAGAGAAGAGGCGUGGGCAGGGAGGCACCGGAGCACCACGGCUAUUAAGCCCUUCACAUUGGAGUCUUGAAAGAAACAGCAGCUCCAAUGGGGAAUGAGAAAGAGAGUUUGGUACACGGAACAGGUGCUCCGGCUUUGAUCUGCCAGACGCCCGCCCGCCCGCCCGUGCCAUCCUGAAAUCAGAAGUGAAUGCUAUUUUCGCAGCUGGGCACACCCCCGUCCCUCCCCAAAGAUGCCCUUCCCAUUCCUCUUCUCCCAACCCAAAGAUCAGACUACUGUUAAGUCUCACCACAGAGUUGGAAUCUGCAAAGACGGGAGGAGAAAGGAGUGAUGUCCGUCACUGGACUUGCACUGACAGUGUUUCUUACAGGAUUCUUAAAUUUUUAAACAGAAAAUGAAGAUUUUUUUUUUUAAGUCGGGAGUUGAUGUUAAGCACCAGGACAUUGGUUGGGUUAUUUCGUUUUUCUUUCUCCAGUGUUAAAAGUGCACUUAUAUGCUGGUCAAUUUAC